CACAUUUGCAACAACUCAAGAUGGCAUUCAAGAUCAGUUUGGUGUUAAUCAUAUCGGCCAUUUUCUAUUCACACUCUUACUAUUGCCAACCAUCAAAGCUUCAGCUCCAUCUCGUAUUGUUAAUGUCAGCAGGUCAGGAAUUGACUUUGACAAGUUAAAUGAUCCGAAUGCUCACAAUUCUUUUCAAAGAUAUUGUCAAUCAAAACUCGCAAACGUUUUAUUUACUGUUGAACUUAAUAAAAGACUUUCAGGAACAAACGUUUAUUGUAAUUCCCUUCAUCCAGGUGUCAUAAAAACAGAGCUGCUGCGCCGUGGGCUUAUUAUCAUUUGGGGAACUUGGAUAAGGCCAUUAAUUUAUCUGGCAGAAUUAUUUUGGCUAACAACCGAUGAUGGCGCAUUAACACAACUUUACUGCGCUACAAGUCCUGAAAUUGAAGAAAAAAACUAUCGUGGAAAAUAUUUUAUACCUUUUGGUGAAUUAGCGGAACCUAGUAUUCAAGGCAAGGACAAAGAAUUGGUUAAAAAAUUAUGGAAUUUUUCGGAACAACUUGUCAAAGAGAAGUUAGGUGAUGAUAUUUUAA